AUGAUUGGACACGGAGCCGGAAUCAACUUUCGCACCGAGUACUUCAACCCGACGACGCCCGUCAACAUCCCAGUGCAGGGCUUCUCCAACGGAUCCCGUCUCCGCCUCGUCAUUCUGCCGGGCAACGACUCCCGCUUCCACAUCAACCUCCGCACUCCCGACGACAUCGUGCUCCACUUCAACCCACGCUUCGACGAGGGAGCCCUCGUGAACAACUCGACUUCCGGAGGCGGAUGGCAAUCGGAGGACCGUCACCCGCUGCCGUUCGAGCAGAACAAGGUGUACACGGUGGAGUUCGUCUCGAACGGAGGCAUCAUCUCGACCUUUAUCAACGGAAAUCACUUUGCCGACUUUGUCGAGAGAACUCCGUCGCAAGGAGUGCACCUGGUCGAAAUUGACGGAGGAGUUCACGUUCACUCGGCUCACAUUUCUCACUAA